AUGAUCUCCAAAAUCCUGAAAAAGGAACCAACCAUGCUCCCUGGAAUGCUUUGGGAUCUUCUGCGCCCAGGCUCAGCAAUAAGAACGGCGGAAGAAGAGCAGAUCAAGCUGUUCAGGGAUGCGGAGCUAUGCGCCCCGCCAGAAUCGACGUUCGCGGGGGCGAUACUGAGAGCUGUGCGCGCAUGUAUAGCUAUGUCCAAACAGACGGAGCACAUGACGAUACGCCUUGUACAAAGCAACAUGGUGGAUGUCGAUUACUUUUUCGACUCAAAACGCGAUACAUUGAACAUCCACCACGAGUGGUUGCACCGGCAAUAUUCGUGCAAAGAUUCCGGCGAAGUGGCAGCAAAGGACGCUGUGGUCUUUUGCGAUCAUAUCAUUGAGAAUGUCCUGAGUAUGUUAUCAGCGACGGUCUUCUCGACCGCGCCUAUCUCCUACCGCAGCAAAAUGCAAACGGUACACGAAAUGAUGUUACCCAAAAUGCAAAGGGUACUGCAUGUCAAGCACGCGCUUCGGUUGAUGCCACAAAGAGUCAUUCUGAAGCAGUCUCUACCGGGGAUGUUGGUGGUUAGCUGGGAAAGCAGCGAGACAGAAUCAUUUGGGAUUUAUGGCCAACAAGAGACAUACCUUGUGGUUCUUCACAAGGAAAAGUGCAUAGACUUGAGCUCAGGGCUUUUACAUGUGAACAGAGUCAUCUGUCCAGGCGGACAUGCUCCAUGUGGCUGCGCUCAGCGGCUCAUAGGCCAAGGUAGUAAAUUGGUGGAGUUCACUCACUUGGAUUGUUCGUCACGCUACUUUCCUAUGGUCGCUGAGAACACAAGACCAGCCAUUUACGGGCUUCCUCCCAGGCCAAUCUUUCCCGCGGGGGAGAACCCGAAUCCUGCGGCCGCAUUACCCGUGGUUCGGAUGGAAGGGCUGCCUGACUGGUCUAACAAACGGCAGAAGCGAACGUAG